AUAGUUUGGCAUUUCCUCUGAGCUCAGAGAGAGAGAGAGAGAGAGAGAGAGAGAGAGAGAAAGAGACCGGGAAAAAGAGAAGACAAGAAAGAGAGAACCUGUUGGAGAGGAGUCUUCACAAAGACAGAUAAACCUGACAUCAUACAGCUCUGGAGAGGAAAAACAGGAGGGACAGAUUGAAGAAGAGAGGAGGAGAAGGAGGGGCAACUUCUGAAGAGGAACUUCAACUGACUUUAAACUGAACAAACAAGCUGGAGAGGAGAAGAAGAAGAAGAAGUGGGAGUUCUGUUACAAGAAGGAAGGAGAGGAGAAGAAGAAUAAGAAGUGGGAGUUCUGUUACAAGAGGGAAGGAGAGGAGACAACGGAGAGAAGAACAUUGAGGCGCAGAGGAGGGAAAAGACGAGAGAGAGAGUCAGGGUGUGUGUGUCAGCGUGUGUGUCAUGAUGGGUUAGCCUUCCCUGACCCUGUCUCAGUUCUCUGGCAUCGCUAAAGAACAAGUCCUAGACAGACAAGAAGAAGAGAAAGAACGAAGGAACCUUGGAGCAACAGAAAGAAGGAGAGAGGGGGAACGAGAAGAGAGAGAGGGAACGAGAAGAGAGAGAGGGAACGAGAAGAGAGAGAGGGAACGAGAAGAGAGAGCGGGAAGGAGAAGAGUGAGAGAGAGAGGAGGAUGAGUGUGUACACUCUGAACCUACGGGUGUUCUGGCCUCUGUUGACCUGUGUGUUGACAGGUCUGGUUUUCCACCAUCACAUAACCCACUGGCUAAGCCCAGAAUCAGGCCCCGAUCCUGGGUACGAGGCUGGGACAGAGCUCUGCUCUGACCAGGGCCCUCCUGUCUUUUUCUCACUCAUCAAACUACUACUGGCCUGUGUCCUCUGCUACCUCUUCAUAAGGUACUGCUCCACCCACCCAGGGGGGCCCCAGAGGGUGCCUCUCGAGACCGCUGACGGGGCUCUGAAAUCGGGUUGGUCUCGUCGAGAGGUCCUGGAGGACUACUACGAGCGCUGGGUGCGUCUGUCUCCUCACGUCCUGGGGCACAGCAAGGCCCACGUGGCUAAACUGGUCGGGGAGCUGGUCAGAGCCGGACGUGCCACUGGAGGUAUCCCAGAGUCCUCUCUGGCGUUCCGGGGAGACUUCCUGCAGGUGGGCAGUUCAUACGAGGAGCACAAGGUGGGCGCUCCAGACUACUAUGACAUCCUGGUACCUCUGAAGAUACCCCGAGAACUGAGACUGGAGCCACGAGUAUACAGGGGGGAGAGGAGGGGGGAGGAGAAGAAGGAUGAGAGAGGAGAGGAGAAGGGGGAGGGCAAGAGGGAUGUGAGGGGUGAGGAGAAAAAAGAGAAGGGGGACAAGAGAGCUGAAGAAAAUAACAAGAGGGGGGAGGUUAAAGAGAAUGGAAGAAAGUCAGGGAAGGGGGAGGGCAAGGAGGAUGUGAGGGAGCAGAGGGGGGAGGUUAAAGAGAAUGGAAGAAAGUCAGGGAAGGGGGAGGGCAAGGAGGAUGUGAGGGAGCAGAGGGGGGAGGUUAAAGAGAAUGGAAGGAGGUCGGGGAAGGGGGAGGGCAAGGAGGAUGUGAGGGAGCAGAGGGGGGAGGUUAAAGAGAAUGGAAGAAAGUCAGGGAAGGGGGAGGGCAAGGAGGAUGUGAGGGAGCAGAGGGGGGAGGUUAAAGAGAAUGGGAGGAGGUCGGGGAAGGGGGAGGGCAAGGAGGAUGUGAGGGAGCAGAGGGGGGAGGUUAAAGAGAAUGGGAGGAGGUCGGGGAAGGGGGAGAGCAAGGAGGAUGUGAGGGAGCAUAGGGGGGAGGUUAAAGAGAAUGGGAGGAGGUCGGGGAAGGGGAACAUGAUGAGGGUGAGAAGCAAUAAAUUGAAGGAAGUCUUGAAGGACGACAGCAAGGUGGAGGAGCAGACAGAGGUCCAAGAAGAAGGGAAGGAAGUCUUGAAGGAGGAGGUGAAGGAAGAGAUGAAAGGGGAAAGCUCAGAGGACGGUGGGUGGAGCGGCGUGCCGCGGUGCAGUCUAGAGACGCCUCGCCGUGGGGACUGGCUACGAAAACACCGCAACUUCACUGACACCUUUUUACGAAUGCACCCUUCUCGGGGGUCGCCCGAAAGGUCAUCGAGCUCAUUGUCAGGGGUCACGGCAGUGUCAGGAGGAGGAGGAGGAGGAGGGGGCGGAGUCUAUCGCCUGACCCCGGACUCUGUCCUCCGUUGGUUCUACCCGGCGGUCCAGCGUUGCCUAGCAACCGUGCGCUACCCUUUCGAGCAACGCUGCACGCUGAGUCUGGCACUCGCCGACGACCGUGUGCAGCUCCGCCUCACACCGCGUUCCGACUACGUCUGCUGUCACAUCUCCAUGGCAAUACGGCUCCUCCCUGCCAUCCCCCUCGGAGACGGGGUCUACCUGGUUCCCAUGGAAACGACGGCCUCAGUGGCGAUGUCAAAUACAGACCAGCACCAGAACCAGCAGAGCGAGGAGAGGGACCUGUGGACUUUGUUCUUCCCCCGCCAGGAGCAGCGUCUGCUGGGCUGGCUCCGUGGCCGCUCACCACAGCCCUCCUGCCACCUCAAGGUGCUCCAGCUGACCAAGGCGCUGCGUGACCUGGGUGGCCAGGCACUGGACAGCCACCGGGGGGCGCUAUGGAGGUCAGUCCUCUCCUCCUACACGCUGAAGACGGCCUGGCUGCGUCUGCUACUCAGCUCUCCUGCAGAGGCCUGGGAGGAUCGCCACCUGGUGGCCAGGAUGGAGGAGCUGGUCCGCAGCCUGAGGGAGAGCCUCCAGAACCGGGCUCUGGAUCACCUCUUCCUGGGGAGUGACAGCAGCUCCAUCUUACCUGACUCUGUGGCUCUACCUAAGUUGGUCAAGGAGGCGGUGGGAGCUCCAGUGGAGGGUUCAGGGGGAUGUUUGGGGGGUUCGACAGGGAACCUCUGGGCAGGUGUGGACCCAGCCUCGUUGGACCUAGUGUCUGGCCGGUUGGCGUAUGCCUGGAGCCAUCUCCACCGGCUGAUCAGGUUGGGCCGACCCCAGAGGAGUAGCUUGGGGCUGGGCAGGGCAGGCAACAUAAACUGCCAGCAUCUGCAACCUGGAGAAUAACACACUUAAAAGGAUUACAGGUGAAAACGGAGGUUCACAGCUAAUAUCCUCCAACAACGGGCCGAGUCAAACAGACAGAUACAUAGACAGACGGGAUGGAUGAAACACCAGGCUACUUGCACAUCCAAUGGUUGUACAGGAGCUACUGGUCUAGAAUAAAACGAAAGCCUACAACAGUGA